GGCAACCCUUACAUGUGCAAUAAUGAGUGUGAUGCAAGUACCCCUGAACUGGCACACCCUCCUGAGCUGAUGUUUGAUUUCGAAGGAAGACAUCCCUCCACAUUUUGGCAGUCUGCUACUUGGAAGGAGUACCCCAAACCUCUCCAGGUUAACAUCACUCUGUCUUGGAGCAAAACCAUUGAGCUCACAGACAACAUAGUUAUUACCUUUGAAUCGGGGCGUCCAGACCAAAUGAUCCUGGAGAAAUCUCUCGAUUAUGGACGAACAUGGCAGCCCUAUCAGUAUUAUGCCACAGACUGCCUAGAUGCUUUUCACAUGGACCCAAAAUCUGUGAAGGAUUUAUCCCAGCACUCGGUCUUAGAGAUCAUUUGCACUGAAGAGUACUCCACCGGGUACUCCACGAAUAGCAAAAUAAUUCACUUCGAGAUCAAAGAUAGGUUUGCAUUUUUUGCUGGACCUAGGCUACGAAAUAUGGCUUCCCUCUAUGGACAGCUGGAUACAACCAAGAAACUCAGAGAUUUCUUCACAGUCACGGACCUGAGGAUCAGGCUAUUGAGACCAGCCGUUGGGGAAAUAUUUGUAGACGAGCUACAUUUGGCACGUUACUUUUAUGCUAUCUCAGACAUAAAGGUGCGAGGAAGGUGCAAAUGCAACCUGCAUGCCACUGUGUGUGUAUAUGACAACAGCAAACUGACUUGUGAAUGUGAGCACAACACGACAGGUCCAGACUGUGGGAAAUGCAAGAAGAAUUAUCAGGGCCGACCUUGGAGUCCAGGCUCUUACCUCCCUAUCCCCAAAGGCACUGCAAACACCUGUAUUCCCAGCAUUUCCAGUAUUGGUAACUGUGAAUGCUUCGGCCACUCCAAUCGGUGCAGUUAUAUCGAUCUGCUAAACACAGUCAUUUGCGUGAGCUGUAAACACAACACUAGAGGGCAGCACUGUGAGUUAUGCAGGCUGGGCUACUUCAGAAAUGCUUCUGCACAGCUGGACGAUGAGAAUGUGUGCAUAGAGUGUUAUUGUAACCCUCUGGGCUCAAUCCAUGAUCGUUGUAAUGGCUCAGGAUUUUGUGAGUGUAAGACUGGAACAACAGGGCCUAAAUGUGAUGAGUGCCUGCCAGGAAAUUCCUGGCACUACGGCUGUCAACCUAAUGUCUGCGACAAUGAGCUUCUGCACUGCCAGAAUGGAGGGACCUGCCACAACAAUGUGCGCUGCCUGUGCCCGGCCGCCUACACUGGCAUCCUCUGUGAGAAGCCACGGUGCGAAGAAGCUGGCAGCUGUAGCUCCGACUCCGGCCAGGGAGCACCCCUGCGGGGCUCCCCAGCACUGCUGCUGCUGACCCUGCUUCUGGGGACAGCCAGUCCCCUGGUGUUCUAGGGGGUCACAGAAGCCCUCCGACAGGCCUGUGCUGUGGGGAAGCAAACACAACCCAAGCGAUUGCUACUUACAGAGAAAACACGCACACCCACUCCAAUACAGCGUACAAACGAAGAGGGCCUAACUGAACUAAGCCAUAUCUCUCAGACCCGGACACCACAUCGGAGUCAAGACUGUUCAUCACUGACUCCAGAGGAAUUGGCAGCUGUUACUAAUAUCAUUGCAAAUCUCAUUGCCAGCUGCAAAGUCGAUUGCGGAUUGGAAAGGCUGUGAGAGCGCCCCCAAAAGGAAAGAAAAAAACAAACAAACUGAUCAACCAACCUAAAAAAAUAAAAAACAUUCGCUACUCUACCGUGGUGCACCCUAGUACCGCUCUGCCCAGUGUGUGGACCAACCAAAUAGAAGCAUUCUUUGCUGUCAGGUGCAUUGUGGGUAUAAGGAAAUCUGUUACAAGCUGCCAUAUUGGCCUGCUUCAGCUCCCCCCCUUCCCCAGUCCCUUCCAACCUGUGCUUUAGUGAAAGUUGCUCUGUAACCCUUGUUGGUUGAAAGAUUUCUUUGUCCGAUGUUAGUGAUACACACGUGUAACAGACCCCCUCCAAAAGCGCAAGCCAGUCAUACCCCUGUAUAUUUUAGCAGCACUGAGACCCCAGUGCCGGUUCACACCCACUUCUCAAGAGUGGCUAGAGGAAAGAGAAAGUGUAUCUAUCCUUUUGUAUUCAAAUGAAGUUAUUUUUCUUGAAAUACUGUAAUAUGUAGAUUUUUUGUAUUAUUGCCAAUUUUAUGUUACCAGACAAUCUGUUAAUGUAUCUAAUUCGAAUCAGCAAAGACUGACAUUUGAGUUUUGUCCUGUUUGGUUUUUGUUUUGUUUCAUUGUGCAGAGAUUGCUCUGUAUGGGCAACGAGCGUGCUGGCAUCAAAGAAUAUCAGUUUACAUAUAUAGCAAGUGUAAUAAGAUUCCACCAAAGGACAUUCUAAAUGUUUUCUUGUUGCUUUAACACUGGAAGAUUUAAAGAAUAAAAAUUCCUGCAUAAAUGAUAUCAGGAAUUUCUAUUGCCCAUUUCUUAAGAUGCGAGGAGCAACUAACCAACAGUUUCACACUGAUUUUGUGUGGACCAAACACAGUCAGAUGAUGACUUUAGUAGCCCAGGAAGAUGGAUUGAUGGUCACUAGCUUGGACAACGUCUGCAAAAUAUGAGACUAUUUUCCACCUGGGAAAAAAUAACUGCAAGAACAGAAAGAAAUAUCUAAGUGAUUGCCAAGAUUAUGCCAAAGCCUGUUGGCAGAGUACUAAGAGACUUUUAUUUUUAAGUCAUGCUAUUUUCACAGAUUUAUGGUGAUCAUGUGACUCUAGGGAUGCUGAUCUAUGUAUCCUUCCAAAUACAGUGUUUACAUGGAGUAUUGUAAGAGGCCACCUGGGGAACCAGGACAGCAGCAGGGAAAUUGAGUGAUUAGCAAUUUGACUUUGAAUAUAUUCUAAGUAUUUAAAUGAAAUAUCAAAAUAUACAGCAGCAAGUAGACAUAACUGCUGUUCCUGAGAAUAAAGUCUGUUUCAAGUACUGCCCAAGGUGUAAUAAAUUCUUGUUGCUGCCUUUUAUUAGGCCAAUUACUGUAUAAGACAGUAAAGGGAGCUGGGCAGGGGAGAAACACUGCAAACACUGGAAGGGCUGGAACUGUGUGCAUUCUAUCCCAGCAUACUGCCACCCCACAGGUGACAAGUGUGUCAGCAGCAGCAUCUCUUAGAAUCAGAAACAAUUAUGAGGCCAAGCCAGCAGCUUAAGGACAAUGAAGUCCUAUGUGACCUGGUGGAACAAUAACCUAUGACAGUAUUAGGUCAGAAGCCGAGUUCCAGGCUGAAUUCUUCACCCUACUGCCAGUCUUUGCUGAACCGAGGGGGAGGAAAUGUCUUCUGAUAAAUAACCCAAGUCAAAACUAGAUGAAGGAACAGCAUGUCUUAUUGGUUUUGUUCCCAGAAAAGCCAAUUCAAAGAAGGCAAUAAAAGGUAAGCAGGUAAUGCCUGUUCUGCCUGCCAUCCCACGUCCAAGUCGAUUGAAUGUUUGUUAUUCAAACCAACAACCUCUUUUGAUAUAAGAAAUAGGGAAAGAUGGAAAUAAAUUAGCACUUUGGCUUCGCGCCAGAGUGGCCAACCAGAAAUGGCAGAUUUACAUUAGAAGCAUAAAUAGAAAAUUAUAUUUCCAGCUCACCAAAGAAUACACAUGAAAAUUCUGGUAGCACACAGAGUGUGAGAUUACUUCUAAUGAGGUGGAUUUCUUAUAUUAAGAUGGAGUUUAAGUUGUCUUAUAGUUUAUUAGCACAAACCAAAGGCAGACUGUGUUAUUUCCGGCAGCGUGCACUUUAUCACUAUGCACUCACAGCAUUGUCACAGUGAUCAGGAGUCAGACGCUGCACAGUUCAAUCUGAGGGAUUCCAAAAACUAAUUCUGAAAUUUAAUGAGGGCCUGAUUUCAAUCAAUUCAUCUGCAUUUUAUCUUUACGAGGCUAUAAGAAUUGAAAUUGAUGAGGAAUAUCUUGCAUUCAGUGUGUUUAGAUAUAGUUCUUUGAAUUUCUUGGA